GCCGCUGGGUGCCGCGCAGACCCCUGGGGACGCGACCCCCCACGGACCGGGAAGCCCUCGCGUCCCGCCAUGGAGACCUCGGGCGGCGAGCAGCAGCAGCAGCAGCCCGCGGCGGCUCAGAUCAGGAACCUGCCCUGGGUGGAAAAAUACCGGCCCCAGACACUGAAUGAUCUCAUUUCUCACCAGGAUAUUUUGAGUACCAUUCAAAAAUUUAUCAGUGAAGACCGGCUGCCACAUCUGCUUCUCUAUGGGCCUCCAGGGACGGGAAAGACAUCCACCAUCCUAGCCUGUGCCAAACAGCUGUACAGAAACAAAGAAUUUGGCUCCAUGGUCUUGGAGCUGAACGCUUCAGAUGACCGAGGAAUAGAUAUCGUUCGGGGACCCAUCCUGAGCUUUGCGAGCACGAGAACAAUAUUUAAGAAAGGCUUUAAACUCGUGAUCUUGGAUGAAGCUGACGCCAUGACUCAGGACGCCCAGAACGCCUUGCGGAGAGUGAUUGAGAAAUUUACUGAAAAUACCAGAUUUUGCCUCAUCUGUAACUACCUGUCCAAGAUCAUCCCCGCCUUGCAGUCCCGGUGCACAAGGUUCCGUUUCGGCCCCCUGACUCCUGAGCUCAUGGUUCCCCGCCUGGAACAUGUCGUACACGAAGAGAAAGUUGAUAUAAGUGAAGACGGGAUGAAGGCACUUGUAACGCUUUCCAGUGGAGACAUGCGGAGGGCCCUGAAUAUCCUGCAGAGCACCAAUAUGGCCUUUGGGAAGGUGACAGAGGAGACUGUCUACACCUGCACAGGGCACCCGCUCAAGUCUGACAUCGCCAACAUUCUGGACUGGAUGUUGAAUCAAGACUUCACCACAGCCUACAGGAAUAUUAUGGAGCUCAAGACUCUGAAGGGGUUGGCGCUACAUGAUAUCCUGACAGAGAUACACCUAUUUGUGCACAGAGUUGACUUUCCAUCUUCAGUUCGAAUACAUUUGUUGACCAAGAUGGCAGACAUUGAGUACAGGCUUUCUGUUGGCACCAAUGAGAAGAUUCAGCUGAGUUCCCUCAUUGCGGCUUUUCAAGUCACCAGAGACCUGAUUGUUACUGAGGCCUAACGUGGAGGCCUGUCUCAGCAAUGUCAGGACAGCGGGGACCUCAGUGAUGGGAUGAACUGCUGCCCACGCCCGGGGAGGUGAUGCCAUUGUCACCUCAAGUCUUGGGAAGCUGUCCCAGACGUGGGGGGGGGCAGGCAUUUAAAAAACAGAGGAUGUACAUCAGCUUUAGUGUAUGACUAUCAUAUUGCACUGCCCAUUUGUCCUUUAUUGGAGAAAAAGAAAAAACCACAAAACCCUUUUCAACCUUAAGGAUUUUUACUCUUCACUUGCUUGGAUGACAGGAAAUUGGCCUAUUCCAUUCUGGCCUGGCACCUAAAGCUUUCAGAUCUUAUCUGGUCCAACUUCUUCCAACUCAAGGUAAACAGAAUAUCUCCCAAACUAAUCUGUGGCCGUCUGUUAUCUACUUUGUAAGUAUGACUGGAUUUCUGCCCAAAAUGACUUUACCCUCAUAAAAUAGACUCAGUUCUCUUGACUUUAAAAAUUGGUGUUUUAUUUUUCCUCUUGAAGAGCAUUACUAGCAGGUUCCUAGUUGUGUGGACAGUAGAGAAAACUUUCACUGUGAAUUAUGCCAUUGAGGUCAGAGGUUGUGCAAACCUCACUUGCUUAACCCAGGAUGAGGCUUCGUAAGAAGCCCCAUUCGGAACCUACAACUGCUAAAGGCUUAUGACCUGUGUACAAAUGUAGCAGUUUAUUUUCUAGCAAUUACAUUGCAUUUAUUAUAGUGUUCUUCAUAAUAAAAAUAAAGCAGCCUGUUUUUUGGUUGUGUUACAAGUGACUCUUCUUAACCAGUGAUGAGAUGCUGACUUAUUCGGUGCGCAUUUAUAUGAAAGCCUCCUCUGUCUCUGCUAUCACAGAAUAAACUUUCUCUGGAGGCUGUUCUUUAGAAAGCUAUCAAAUUCUUGUAUUAUCAAAAGGAAGAAGCCGGUUGUUUCCAUCAUUCACAGACAACUUGCUUCCAAGGUCAUCAGCUAAGUUUGAAGUCACUGGCUGAAAGGGGCCUCAUGGAAGCCACCCCCAGCCUCUCAGACUAUGCUGUCUGGGGUACUGCAAAAUAAUCACAUUUAAAAUCUGCCCAGUCCAUUCCCAGCUACCCUAUUGUACUCGUUUGUUUUAAAAAGUGAUUUUUUUUUUUUUCCUUAAUGAAAACAGCUAAAACUUUAGACUGUUCCUUCAAUGAAAGCUUCUCAUCUUGGAAUGUUUUUCCUCAGCAACAAAUGUGUCCAGAGACAUGUUUCAUAAGGACCUGCUGGCCUCUACCAAGCACCCGUCAGGAAGCCAAAGGAUACGACGUUGCAUUUCUUUUAAAAUAAUUUAAAAUAUAUUAAAUUUUCCAAAGGCAGAUUGUGUGUGAAUGAGGCAUCUGUGUGCCUUGAAGGAGAACAGCACUUUCAAGGAGCUAUGUUCGUCUAGGGGUAGAGUUGAAACUGGCUGGUCAGUUUGAUGAGGUGAAGUGACAAAGUCGGGUGUCAUACAUGAGACUAUCAGCUGAAGGAACGACAACACCAAUUCUUUACGCAAUUAAGAGACAUCUUCACAACUGUUCAACUGAAGUACUAUGGUUUUUAGAGACCAUCAAGAAAAACACAGUUGUACCUUAACAUCUGUUGAGAAAAUACAAAUAAAUAUGCUAAUGAAUGGCAAACAACUGACAACUCAGCCAUGUGAACAGUCAUGCAGUUUAGGAAUACAUCCUUGUGUAGCCCGACACAACAUUUGUCAUCUCCUGCACAUGCACACCACUGUUUAGGGAGGAAAGAAAAGCAAAGUAUAGUGUCUGUCAGUUAGGAGCACAGCCUCUGAGUCACCUGUAAUUCAGUUAGGCUAAGUUAACACUCACACAGACUGCUCCAUGGAAACUUGUCCUGCUGGUCAGAGCAGAGCCAGAGGGAGGGAACUCUGAGCCACCACUGUACCCGCAACCGCAAUGGUAAGUACGAGGUGGGAGCCAGACCUGCCAGUGGAGCUGAAAUUUCUCUCCCACCUCAGAGGCUCAGAGGCCUAGUUACUCUUAGCAAAACAACCUAAGUAACUGCAUGUUGAAUCAAAACAAUUAAAAGAGUUCAACAUUGCUGUUUAUAAGUGGACUGAAGAUUGAAAGUCAAGCUCUGUUGCUGUGGAGCUGGGAUCCCCUCCUCCGACUUUCACACAUGGAGAAAAAGAUCCAUGACUAGUCCACUGGAAUCUGGUUUUGCUACAUUCUAUUCACAAUCCCAAAGAGAAAUGCUUCAACCCCACCAGAUGUGUGGCCCACUAUUCCAGACACUCUGUGUCACAAAGAUUAAUCCUGCUACCAGAAAAAAAAAAACACAAAAAACCAAACACAAAAACAAGACUAUGUCACGUUGCUUAAAAAGUCCUGUAUGUGAGGAACUCUUUCAUUUUCUUGGGGAUUGGCAGUGCUAGCACUUGGUAGGUUGUUAGGAAGCUUCGAAGGGCUUUCCGGCAUAAGUGCUUCAGUGAUGAGAGGACCCUAGGAGCUGUCCAGAACUGGACGUGGCCAUCCCUCGUCCUGAAAGGAAGGAAACCGAUGCGUUAACAGACCGAGGAACUGUGUGCUUUCACUGCGAUGGGCGUUAAAGCUUCUGCUGACUUGCGCAGCCAGGAGACUGGAGAGCGGAACACAGCCCUGACUGGAAAUGGAUGGCUGCGGUGCUGAACAAUUAAGGUGUUAAGAGGAUUAUAAAAACUCAAGACAUCUUUGAUGCUAAAGUGCUCUCUCUCAGGACCACCCUUUCUCAAGCAUACAUAGUCCAGCUAUGAGAGAGGCGUGCCACCUACUGAAUUACAGGCAUUCCCUGUGAGGCGGUCAUUUCACCCUAUGGCUUUUUAUGUAAUCUUGUAUUUCCUCAUAGGCCAGAACAUUCUAGAUGCUUUUUUUUCCCUUUAAAAAGCUACAUGGUAUACUCAGCAGAAACUGCUACCCAUCUGUUCAGCAAACAGAUACAUACCCUGUGGCAAUAACUCCACCAUGUGGAAAAAAUGUGCAGCAAAGACCAUUGGUCAUAGGAGCAAAUGCAAUUGGAGUUUUCAGUUCCAGGGCCCAGAUCCUGAGGAGUCUGGAUGAGAAAGAAAGGUACAUUUGUGCGGGAGCAGACCUGGGGCCAGCCCUAAGGGUAAUGCUACAGUAACUUGCAAGCUGGUAUUCCGAGGCUGCACAGAUUUCUUUCGGUUACCUGUCAUCCGCCACUGUGGCGAGGUACAAGCCUUCGGGAGAGAAGCACACAGAUCUCAGGGAGCUGAUGUGGACGUCACUGUCAUCCAUGGGGGGAUUGAGCUGGGUGUGGCUGAGGAGGAAAGAAACAGGACAGUAGGCCUAAGAUGAUGGCCACCCUCCACUCCUCAUCUUCCUCUUCACCUCUUGGCAAGAGGCUCAACUACUGUGGCUCUGAACACAUUCAAGACAAAUCUUGCCCCCUUACAGAACACCUUGGGAUCUGCAGACUGGAAAAGGUGCAUUUCAUAAGGCUCCAAGUGACUUGCUGGAGGGCUGAAGGGUUCCCAGCACUCCCUGUACUAAUUUUCUUAUGCAAAGUAGGUCAGCCCUCACUUUAAUGCCACAGUACAAACUGAAAGUCUUUUUUAGGCUAAGCUUGCGAUAAUUAUAGGACUACCUAUCAUUUGCUUCAGAAAACAACAAAGAUGAAGGGAAAAAGUAGACCAAGUCUGUGAGAACAUGAAAAUUCAUUUUGGAAAUAACAGUUUCGAUGAGAGGAUCGUUCUGAACUUGUUACUACAGUUAUUAGUAAAUGGAAAGAAAGAGUCACUUGAGAUUUCACAUUGCUUAAUCCAAAGAAGUACAGGCCGCCUCCUCUGUCAGGACAACCAAGGGCACUGGGUCCAAUUUGAGAACUUAAGAGACAAUGAAACACGGCCUCGCUCCAGAGCCUUCAAAUAAGCCUCGAACCCACUGUGUGGGGACCCAGGUUGUCCCGUCCUGCCCAGCCCCUCGGAGGGAUGUGUCCAAGCCAAGGCAGGUUUCUCAUCAGCAACCCCCCAGGGAAACGGGUUCAGUCCUUACUGGAGUGACCUCAGCCUCUCGCCAGUGUAGGGGUCCCACAUGAUCACGUUGGUAUCAUAAGAAGCCGUGACAAGCAAGGCUGAGUCGGGGGAGAAGUCACAAGAGACAACGCUGCUUUGGUGGCCCUCUAGCUUCCGGAUUAAUGUGUAAGACCGCAUGCUCCACAGAAAGACCUGGGGAGAGCAAGGGGCGUCUGGUUAGGAGGGGAAGCUAAGCGCUCAGAACUCCAACAGUGGCAGAAAGGUGCAGAGGGUGUUGCCAGGUCCUGCUGCCAGGUAAAGCCCAGACUCCAGAGCUCUUCUGGAAUGUAUCACACAGGUUUAUAUAAAGUAACAGGUCUAAAUUCCUGUGGACUUGUUCAAGGAGCUGACUUUAAGAGACAAUACACCAAGCCAGUCUCAGGAAGACUGAGGCAUAUCAGUGACGGCUUGAGUUGGGCCCCGAGGCCUGUCUGCGAACAGCCAUACAUGCGAAAGAACAACUAAGCCAAGGGCUACCUUGUCCUUUCCUUAAAAUCAAAAAUAAGGGUCAGACAGGAAGUCCAGGGU